UGCUCGGCGCUCAGUCGGUCAACUCAAGCCCAAGCCUCAGCUAGACUCCACCCCUUUACGAGCAUCGGACACCUUCAGCAGCACAACAAAGCAUGUGUCGCUCCGCAGCAUUGUUUCUCCUCUGAACGUGCGGAAUAUUGGAUUUUGUCGCCUUGUUUUUGCGCAGUUUCCUCUCCCAUUGAUGCUAAUCCUAGAUGGCUACCAUGACAACAGAGGCAAGUGCAGUGAGCGAGGCGGACACAGAGGGCAAGCAGAAGGCCAGCGGCGCCGAGCCCGAACCCGAACCGGAAAACAAGCAGAAGCCAGAGGGGGCCACGUCUGAGCCAGAGGGGGAGCAGUCGAGCAACAAAGCCCAGGAGCAGGCUUCUGAGCCUGGGCCUGCUGACGUAGCUGCCUCCCCUGAGGAGGAGCAGCUGAAGCCUCGCACCCGGACCUCUGCUGGCAAAGGCCUGUCUCGCCUCUUCUCCUCUUUCCUGAAACGCCGCUCGCAGUGCUCUGAGGGAGAGGGCUUUGAGGCAGAGAAGGCCAGGGAGGAAAAGGCAGACAAAGAGGAGAAGGCUGACAAGGAGGAAGAGGAGAAGGUGGAAGAGGUGAAAAGUGUAGAGACAGAGGCUAAAGUCGAGGAGGUAAAAGAAGUGAAAAAGAAAGAAGAAAAAGUAGAACCAAAAGAGGAGAAAAAGGAGGAAGAAAAAGUUGAGAAGAAAGGCAGUAAAAAGAAAAAGAAAGACGCCAAGAAGAAAGUAGAGAAAAAGGAUGAGGAGAAAGCUAUAGCCAGUUUGCUUAGCUUAGCAUAA